AUGUCGUCUACACUGUACGAAUUCGGUUAUGAGCUGAAUUCAAAACAGGUGCGUGUGUACCAAACCCAUGAUGUAGGAAGCGUGCACCGUGCCAUCACGGCCAAUCUUCAGGAGUACCUGGCUUACGAAGGCGUUCAGGAAGAGGACCCGACGUCUCUGAAAAACUUGUUUGUCAAGGCUCUUACGUUAGGCGUUGCUACUGAAGUGUAUGUGCUUAGCAAGUUUCGGGUUUCUGGGCUGCUGCUUGCUAGCUCUUUUUUCUUCUUCGGCAUACUCAUCGCGUUUCAGCUUACUUGUUCUUUCCUACAACGCAACGGAGAUAUUAUUUUUGUAGGCACGGGAAGAUUGAUUGAAGGUCCGAGGCCGCAAAAGCGGUGCUUCCGCAAGCUGAAGAAUCAGCGUUUAUGCGUUCGUUUGACGCAAGAAAGCAUGUGCGCCCCAUUGGUCAAGUUUGAGUUUCAGCUUAUCGGACCCUCUCGACUAUUUUCGCCGCCUCCUGUUUACAGCCAAGUUGAAAAAUCAGUACAAUAUGGCCAGUUUUUCGGAUCGACCGGCUUCUUCUUCCCACCCCCGCUACAGAAGCUUGUUGACGGGAUGUUGGAGGCAGUUGUCUCGAAGAAGCAGAAAUAA